AUGUCUGUGUCUGUGUCUGCAUGUCUGUGUCUGUGUCUGUGUCUGCAUGUCUGUGUCUGUGUCUGUGUCUGUGUCUGCAUGUCUGCCUCUGAUGUGUGGCGAUGCCAUCUUCCUUCGAGGCGGCUGAAGCUUCUUCACUCGAUCGAUGCCUCCAGCGAUCUGGCGCCACGGAGAGAACGGAAACCAGGGCAAAGCAUGCCAGGUCAACUCGCGUCAGAACCAAACCCAAUCAACACAGACGCCAUGCCUGACGUCGGCAGCAUUGUCUGGGUCAUCGGUUCUGCCCUGUUUGCCGUCCUUCUCGCCUCCGCCAUGGGUCUCUUUAACCGGAAGAACCACAUGCCCGUCGAGGGCAAGACCAUCCUCCUCACCGGCGCGUCCGAGGGCAUGGGCCGCAGCGUCGCCAUCAAGCUCGCCGCCCGCGGCGCCAACAUCAUCGCCGUCGCCCGCAACGUCGAACGCCUCGAGGCCCUGCUGCCCGACCUCCGCGCCGCCGCCAAGAACCCCUCGACCCAGCGCUUCCACACCCUCUCCGCCGACGUCGGCGUGCCCGACUUUGCCGCGCCCCUGCUCGCCGAGGCCACGGCCUGGAACAACGGCCUCGCGCCCGACAUCGUCUGGUGCAUCGCCGGCAUGUCGACGCCCGGCCUCUUCGCCGAGACGCCCUUUGCCCACCUACGCCGCAACAUGGACGUCAACUUUUACGGCACCGCCGAGCUCGCCCACGCCGCUCUCGGCCUGUGGCUGGCCCCCGACGCCCCGCGCCCGCGCACCAAGAAGCGCUUCGUCAUGACGAGCUCCGUCGCCGCCUUCUGCCCCAUCGCCGGCUACUCGCCCUACGUCCCCUCCAAGGUCGUCCUGCGCGGCCUCGCCGACGCCCUGUCCCAGGAGCUGCACCUCUACCCCGACAACCCCGUCGCCGUCCACGCGAAGAAGUACGGCCGCACCCACGCCCAUCCGAGCACCUAUGCCAAGGUGGCGCCUUAG